AACUCGAAGGGCCCAAUUAGUUGGUCAUGUUCAGGACGAUCCAAUCUGGACAAGGAAUACAAUUUCUGGCCGACCAAGCAUCGAACCGAGCAUUUCGGAUCUUCUCCACACCGCAUAGCCAAAUUUUGACGCGAGCAGAAGAAAGGUCAAUUUUUGAUCAGUCCGCCAAAACGACACGAUUUUCCCUCGCAUUUGCCGUUUGGUGAGAGAGAAAACACAGUGAAAAGGUUGGGUUAGGAAAUUCGUAGCCACUGCCAUAGAGAAAAUGGCCAGCAAGCAAAAGAAAGAUCGGAAAAGUAACCUACUAGUCGUCACAGGCGCCGCUGCUUUCCUUGCUGUCGCCAUCAAAUUCGCCAUCGACGCAGUCGCCGCCCACCACAAGAAUUGCAAAAGGAGAAAAGACAUUCCAGGUUCCGCCGUGCGCGCCAAUCUUUCUGCGGCGGAGAUUUUGAGAUUGGCGGACCGCAUCAUCGCCAAAUCGAAGCAAGUGCACGAUGCAGUCGCUUCGGUUCCUCUUGACAAGGUCACAUAUGCAAACACCAUACUACCUUUGGCUGAACUGGAAGCAUGGCAAUUUCCUCUGGUCCAAUCUUGUGUCUUCCCUAAAUUGGUUUCCACUUUUGAAGAUGUGCGCAAAGCAAGUGCUGAAACGGAGAGGAGAAUAGAUGCUCAUGUUUCAACUUGCAGAAAGCAGGAAGAUGUGUAUCGUCCCAUCAAAGCUUUUGCAGCAAGGGGAGAAUGGAUGAACUUCGAAUCUAAACGCUACACACAGUGUUUGGUCAGGGAUUUUGAAAGCAAUGGACUGAGUCUUACUCUAACCAAAAGAGAGGAAUUGCAUCGGCUGAGGGCUCAAAUUGACGACUUAAGUAGGCGGUAUAUCCGAAAUCUAAAUGAUGAUAAUGCUUCACUUCUCUUCAAUGAGACAGAGCUAGCUGGGUUACCACCAGAAUUCCUCAAGAGCUUAGACAAAGCUGAAAAUGGUAAAUUCAAAGUCAGCCUGAGAGGUCAUCAUGUUUCUCCUGUACUAGAGUUCUGUAAGGUAGGUUUGACAAGGAGGCGUGUAGCUGUGGCUUAUGGGCGGAGAUGUGAAGGCAACCUUUCGAUAUUGGAGAGUUUGGUUGAAUUGCGCCAUAAAUUUGCUAGAUUGCUUGGCUACACAAACUAUGCAGACUAUGCCAUUGGUAAUAGAAUGGCAAGUUCAUCUACAAAGGUAUUUGAAUUUUUAGAGGACCUCUCUGCUAGUUUAUCUGACUUGGCCACGAGAGAACUUAAUGUGUUAAAAGACUAUAAGAAAAAAGAGGAAGGAGAUUCUCCUUUUGGAAUUGAGGAUUUGUUGUACUAUGUGAAGAGGAUUGAGGAACAACAGCUUAAUCUGCACUUUGGAGAUCUUAAACAAUACCUUCCCGUCAGUUUGGUUAUAUCAGGGAUCUUGAAAAUAUGCCAAGACCUUUUCGGCUUAAGAUUUGAUGAAAUUGUAGAUGCUGAGGUUUGGCAUUCUGAUGUUCACCUUUAUUCAGUUCAUGACUUAUCGUCUGGUGAACUUCUGGGUUAUUUCUACCUUGAUAUGUUCUCCAGGGAGGGAAAGUAUGGUCACACCUGUGUUGUAGCGCUUCAAAAUGGUUCAUUCGUCAAUGGCGUGCGAAAGAUACCUGUCGCAUUACUUAUUUCUCAACUUCAAAAGGAAGUGGGUGGUCAUACAAGGUUGUUGCGGUUUUCUGAAGUGGUUAAUCUCUUCCAUGAAUUUGGCCAUGUGGUCCAUCACAUUUGCAAUCGCGCAUCAUUUGCUAGAUUUUCAGGGCUUCGGCUGGAUCCAGAUUUUGUGGAGAUCCCUGCGCAGUUGCUAGAAAAUUGGUGUUAUGAAAGCGCACCUCUGAAACUGAUAUCUGGUUUCCAUCAGGAUAUUACAAAGCCAAUCAAGGAUGAAACAUGUGAAGCACUUAAAAGAUGGCGGUGUUCCUUUUCAGCACUUAAGUUGAAACAAGAAAUUCUUUAUUGUCUCUUUGAUUUGAUAAUACAUUCCACUGAAAAUGUUGACAUGGUUGGGUUAUUCAAACAUCUCCAUCCAAAGGUGAUGUUAGGACUGCCAAUGUUAGAAGGCACAAAUCCAGCUUCAUGUUUCCAUCGAACUGCUAUUGGUUAUGAAGCUGCUUGCUACAGUCGCAUUUGGAGUGAGGUUUUUGCAGCUGAUGUAUUUGUCUCAAAGUUCCGUGAUGAUCUUUCCAAUCAGUUUGUGGGCAUGCAAUUCAGGAAUAAGGUAUUGUCUCCAGGAGGAGCAAAAGAUCCAGUGGAGUUGCUAUCGGACUUUCUGGGAAGAGAACCGUCAGUACAAGCUUUUAUUGACAGUAAACUUGAAUAUGGCUUGUGAACUUUGUGCUUGCCUACUGUUUCUGCUGGAACUAUAUUCUCAACGCCGCCCAUUUAGGUUGUCCAUUCCAAGUCUCUUUCAGAAAUAACGUGCAUGCUGAAACAACAGCUCUCUCGAUCUCAUCUUCUUAAUGUAUUUAGUUUGUAAAUAUCUACGAUGCAGAUCUUAGUGGCAGAGCAGUCUAGCUGAUUAGCUCGACUAGCAUGGUUAAUGUUUUUGAUCAACCGAGAAGUAUAGCACUUCAUCGUGCAUUUGUUCAUGGCACGGAAGAAGAGGAUGUUUCCAAUGGAGCCUUGGGCUUGCCGCCAGCUUUUUGGAAUUUUGGCUAUUGGGUUGGCGACAAGUUGACAAGGUGGUUGGUGGUGGUGGUGGGUGUUGUCUUGCAAUGCAAUCUUCUUAAAACU